AUGUCUGACCACGGCCGCCAGGAUCUGUCCGACAAGGUCGCUCACAAGGCUACCCCAGACUCCAGCAAGUCCACCCUCGACAAGGCUGGCGAGACCGUCAGCGGCAUUGCCGACAAGGCCGGCCGUGACGCCGUUCCAGACAGCCACAAGUCUACCGGUCAGUCCCUCGGCGACAAGGCUUCCCGCACCAAGGAUGAAGCCAAGGGCGAGCCAGGCAUGAUGGACAAGGCCAAGGACGCCGUCGGCCUCGGAAAAUAG